ACAUGUCAGCUGGAGCGUCGCGGACAGAGAUUGAUUUUAAAGAUGCUACUAAACAACUUCAAAAAGGCGAUCACAUUUCAGUAAAUGGUCUGAGCUCUGUAGGCUGCUGCUUAUCAUCAUCAUCAUUUUAUUAUCAUGAGGGUAUAUACAGUGACGGCUAUGUGUACCAUUUUUCCGGUGACACUCAACAAGAUGCGAAAGUAAAGAAAUCUACCAUUAAAGAAUUUUUGAGGGGACGAAAUGUCCUAUAUCGUAGCAACUAUAAUGGACAGUCAUGUUAUGAUUCUCAACGAGUUGUUGAGAGAGCCGAAGAGAUAUUUCAAAAUGGGACAUGGGCAGGAUACCAGCCAAUUUUCAACAACUGCGAGCACUUUGCAACCUAUUGCAAGACAGGGAAUGCCUACUCCAAUCAAGUCAAAUUCAUCUUCAAUAUCACUCAUUCUUUUAUUGCUGUUGCAUGUGCUGUUCUAAUUGUCAUGCUGUGCGUUUUAUGUACCUUUGCUAUAGGUAGUGGCAUAGUUGAAAAAUUCCUACGAUCUUUACAUACAAGGAUGAAUUGGGUCGAGACUUUCUGAUUUGCGCCAUUUUUAGUGCUUUUGUCAACAUUUUAUGAUACUUGAACAAGAAUGACUAGUCAUAGUACGUAGCAAAUCAUAAAGUUAAUGCUAGCGUUCAUUGACAUCGAUUUUAGAAAUACACUGCACAAUAUCAAUUCAAUUCCAAC